GAUAUGGGUGUUUUGAGCAAUCUUUACGACACUGUCGAGCUAGGCCACUUCAACUGGCCGUUCCGUAACAGUCAUCCUGUGCAUCCAGCGACGGUUCAUUUCCCUCUCACAUUCCUCUCCGCGGCUUAUACUCUGGACACCGUCUACGGCGUUGCAAACCGAUACAAGGCUUUAGCCAUCAUGACUCCUUUCUUGGANGACAUUUCGCGGCUCGGAUACCUCUGCCAUGUCGCUGGUCUUGUGACUUCGCUGCCCAGCUUUACUAGCGGCUCUGCAGAAUUGUGGGAACUUUACAAGAAAGGCGGGAUCAAUCAGAAGGACAAGGAAUUAACACACCCCAAAUCACACGAAGACAUCAAUAGGCGCAGUGUUAGGAUUGGUCUCGCUCAUGGUGCCCUAAACUUUGUCGCGGCUGGCGUCUCAACGUACGCCGUGUGGACGAGAAGAAGGGCUCCAAGCUUUGCCCCGGGUAAAGUUAGCAUAAUUCUGAGUGUGCUGACGCUUCCUGGGAUUGCAUUGAGUGCGGCACUAGGCGGAGAAUUGGUUUAUGGCAAGGGAAUCGGCGUACAAAGGAUGGGAUAUGCCUUGGAUGAAAAGAAGCAGGGAAUUAAAGAGAAUGCCAAUAAGAGUGACUAG